AUGAAAAGGAUCUCCAUCGGCCAUGGAUCACUCCAAGAACCACCACCUCGGCUCAAACAAGGGUCAGCAGAGCCAUCCGCAAGAGCCCGCCGUCCACCAACCCAACUACAACCCCGCCCUCCGCCGCCACCGCAGCCUCAGCCGCCGCCGGCGCCGCCGCAGCCUCAGGUCUACAACAUCAGCAGACACGACUUCCGCAGCAUUGUCCAGCAGCUCACCGGAACCCCACGCGGAGACCCGCCGCCUCCGCCCCGAAGCCGCGCGAGGCAUGAGGUUGCAGAGGAUCCGGCCGCCUCCGCUCACUCCGAUCGCUCGGCCGCCCCUCCUCGGUUUCAAAACCCUAGCCCUAACCCUAGUUUGAACCCUGGGUUCUUCUCUCGCCCUAAUCCUGUAGCCCAAUCGCCGGUCUCCGCUUACAUGAAGUAUCUUGAAAGUUCUUUACUUUACUCCGAUGGCCGGCCGCCAGUUCCAUCCCCUGGGCUUCUGCCGCCCCCUCCGCCGCUACAGUUACCACCUUUCCCUUCACCGAGAGCAAACCCUAACCCCAACCAUAACCCAAACCCUAGUCCACACCCGGGGUUGUUGCCGUCGCCCGUGCCGCCGUCGCCGAGCUCGUUCAUGAACCUACUGUCACCGAAAUCUCCGUACCCGUUGCUUUCGCCGGGGUUCCAGUAUCCUCCGCCAUUGACCCCCACGAACUUCUCGUUCCCGCCCUUGUCGCCGGGGAUUCUGGGCCCUGGACCUGGGUCCCACCUGGCCCCCCCUCCGUCUCCUGGGCUGUUGUUCCCGCCAUCGCCCUCGGGGUUUUUCCCUAUAUCGAGUCCGAGAUGGAGGGACAUGUAAGGUUUUCUGUUAAAAAAAAAAGAAAGAAAGAAAGAAAAGAACAAGGGACUUCAUUGGCUAGGGGAUGCUGCAGAUGUAUUUCUCGGCUAGAAUAUUUCUCUGCGGGAGUGUCUGAUUGUUUCAGCUACUGCCACAUAUUCUCUGAUUAGUUGAGGUUUGAGAAAUAUUACCCUCUAUUAUUUAUUUAAUUUCGGAUUAAUACUAUCUUUACACCUUCAAUUUUGCUUGAUGUCUUCCUGAGUAAACCAUUCGGUCUUGACGCGGUACACCUCUAUCCUCUUUAUAUGUAUCUUCCUCUUUUGUUUUUCUUUUUUAAAAACUGUGCAAGCCUAUAAGGUUGUAUCUGUUUUCUUUCUAAUCAAAAAGUUAUUGUACCUUCAAUGUAUAAUGCUGACGGGUUAGAGUUCGCAGGUUUUACGUAUAUGUAAUAACUAGGCAAAUUAGAUAUUCUUUGCGUUGUCAAAGCA